AUGCGAUCCUCCAAAGUCUCCCGCUUCUUCGACAAGCUCGCCGUCGAAAGCGAGCCGGGCCUCACCUCCAAGCAGCUGAUGCUUGCCAAUGAGGAUCUAAAACCCGUGGAACCCGAGCGCCGCCAAUGGGGCGCCAUGAACUUCGUCGCAUUCUGGAUCUCGGACAGUUUCAACAUCAAUACGUGGAUGAUCAGCUCUGCUGCUAUCCUUGAUGGACUGAGUUGGUGGCAGUCAUGGCUCUGUGUCUGGAUCGGCUACUCCAUCGCUGCCUGCUUCAUCUGCAUGACCGGUCGCAUCGGUGCCAAGUACCACAUCUCGUUCCCCGUCGCCGCCCGUAGCUCCUUCGGUAUCUGGGGCUCCCUCUGGCCGGUCCUCAACCGUGCUGCCAUGGCGUGUGUCUGGUACGGUGUCCAGGCAUGGAUCGGUGGCUCCUGUGUCUCUUUGAUGAUCCGGGCAAUCUGGCCCUCCUGGUUGUCAUAUGGAUUGACUGGUAGCAACAACACGAUCCAGGGAUCCAGUGUGUUGAGCACGAUGGACUUUGUCUCGUUCUUUCUGUUUUGGGCUGGAUCUUUACCGUUCCUCUGGUUCCCCGUUCACAAAAUUCGUCAUCUAUUCACAGUCAAGGCCUACGUCGUCCCCACCGCUGGUGUAGCGUUUUUCAUCUGGGCUGUCGUUCGCGCAAAUGGCAUCGGCCCGAUCGUCAAACAACCCGCGUCCAUUGGCGGGACAGCUCUCGCAUGGGCGAUGGUAAAGGGAAUCAUGAGUUCAAUCGCCAAUUUCGCAACUUUAAUUGUUAACGACCCCGACUUCUCGCGCUUCGCGAAGAAGCCGAGUGAUGCCUUCCUACCUCAACUCAUCACCAUCCCCGUUGGUUUCGCCUUGACUAGCUUCAUCGGCAUCAUCGUUGGAUCGUCCUCCACCGUCAUCUUCGGCAAACCAAUCUGGUCUCCCCUCGACCUUAUGAGCAACUUCCUCAGCGAGGAGAACGCUUCCGGUGCCACCCGCUUUGGUGUCUUCGUCCUUGCCUCCGCCUUCACCCUCGCCCAACUCGGCACCAACAUCGCCGCCAACUCCGUCUCCGCCGGUACCGACAUGACCGCACUCCUGCCCCGAUGGCUCAACAUCCGCCGCGGAAGCUACAUCUGCGCACUUCUCGGCCUGGUCAUGUGCCCCUGGAACUUCUUCGCCAGCACCAACAACUUCACCACCUACCUGUCCGCCUACUCCGUCUUCCUCUCCAGCAUCGCAGGCGUCAUGAUCUGCGACUACUACAUCGUCCGCAAAGGCUACCUGCAGACCCGCGAUCUGUACAGCGCUCUCCCAAGCGGCCCAUACUACUACACUCUGGGUGUCAACUGGCGCGCCUACGCAGCGUAUAUUGCGGGUAUUCUGAUCAACGUCGUCGGCUUCGCGGGCGCCAUUGGUGUCGAAGUCCCCAUCGGCGCGACAUACAUUUACAACGUCAACUUCUUCAGCGGAUUCAUCGUCGCCUCGGGUUCUUACUGGGCAUUGUCCAAGUUCGCCCCGGUCCCAGCGUGCAGUGAUCGAUGGAUGGAGGUCGAUGAGGAUUUCCUUGGUGGACAGACCUUGGCCGAGGGAGCGCUGCCCGCGGAUGUUUCGGAUGAAGAGAAGGGCGUUGUGUACCCGAACAAGAUGGACCUUCCCAAGGGAGUGGUUUGAAUGCUCUUCUGGCUACGGAAAAGCGGUGUCUGCUGUACUGUUGGUGUUGUUGUUGAAAUGUAUUUUUGGAGCGAAAUAACGAAUUCACGAUUUAUUGCAUCAUGAAGAGUAACUAUGAUCAUUCAUAUACCU